AUGGGUGUCAAAGAUGUUCUGUCUCGCAAGGAGGGCGUCAUCGUCGGCGACGAUGUCAAGGCCCUCUUCAAAUACGCACAGGAGAACAACUUCGCCAUGCCCGCCAUCAACGUCACCUCCUCCUCCACGGUUGUUGCGGCAUUAGAGGCAGCGAGGGACAAUAAGGCACCGGUCAUCCUCCAGAUGUCGCAGGGCGGUGCGGCGUACUUCUGCGGAAAGGGCGUUUCGAACACCGACCAAGCCGCCUCGAUAGCUGGAGCCGUUGCUGGUGCACACUACAUCCGGUCGGUUGCGCCGGCCUACGGAAUUCCUGUCGUCCUGCACACCGACCACUGUGCGAAGAAGCUCCUUCCCUGGCUGGACGGCAUGAUGGACGCCGAUGAGAAGUACUUCGAGCAGCACGGCGAACCCCUCUUCUCCUCCCACAUGAUCGACCUUUCGGAGGAGGAGGUAGACUACAACAUCAAGACCACGGCUUCGUAUCUGAAGCGUGCCGCGCCCAUGAAGCAAUGGCUUGAGAUGGAGAUCGGUAUCACCGGUGGUGAGGAGGAUGGCGUCAACAACGAAGAUGUCGACAACAACUCGCUCUACACCCAGCCAGAGGACAUCUGGGAGAUCCAGAAGACGCUCCAGGACAUCAGCCCCUACUUCUCAAUCGCUGCCGGCUUCGGCAACGUGCAUGGCGUCUACAAGCCGGGUAACGUGAAAUUGCACCCCGAGCUCCUCCAGAAGCACCAGAACUACGUGGCAGAGAAGAUGGGCAGCAAGGACCCCAAGCCUGUCUUCCUCGUCUUCCACGGAGGCUCGGGCUCGUCAAAGAAGGAGUACACAGACGCCAUCUCCUACGGUGUCUGCAAAGUCAACCUCGAUACCGAUCUCCAGUUCGCGUAUCUCGAGGGUAUCCGUGACUACGUCUUGAACAAGAAGGAUUACCUCAUGACCCAGGUCGGAAACCCAGAGGGCGAGGAUAAGCCCAACAAGAAAUACUACGAUCCUCGCGUCUGGGUCCGUGAGGGCGAGAAGACGAUGAGCAAGCGCGUAGCGGUUGCCCUGAAGGACUUCAACACUGCGAACCAGAUCUAA